AUGCCAAUCACUAUCAAUGAAUUGCGUCAGCAUAUGGAAAAUAUGCCACAAUCCCAUUUGGCAGAUAGGUUGAUGCGGUUUGGAACAUCAUUGAGGGGUACAAGGUCAUAUUGGGCCAAAUGUCGUGCAGAAUUAAUAGACAUGAUUCAUCAAAUAGGCUCCCCUACGAUAUUCUUCACAUUAAGUGCAGCAGAUAUGUAUUGGCCUGAUUUGCAUGCACUAAUGCCGGGAACAUCACCAACCACUCCACGAGAAGCUCAAAAUUGGAGAAAGCAGAAUGUUAUCAACUACCCCCAUAUAGUUGCACAUUACAUGCACUUAAGACAUUCAAUAUUUAGAAAAGAAAUCCUAGAAAAAGGAAUGAAUGUUGAAGAUUUUUGGUCUAGGUAUGAGUGGCAACAUAGGGGGUCACCACAUGUGCAUGGAUUCAUAUGGAUGAAUGGAGCACCCAAUAUGGACAAUAUUGACUGGUCAAAUGAAGAGCAACGAAAACAUGUAGAAAAAUACUUUCAUUCCAUUGUUCAUGCAUGGAAUCCUAGAGAAGAUCCACAUCAACGAAAUAUACAGAACGACAUACAUUGUGUAGGGAGGGUGCAUGCCUCCGAAAAAAAAGAGGAAAGAUGGUAUAAUGCUCCUUGGCCUUUGAAUCUCAGUGGGUCCAAAUUAUAUGAAGAUAUAGAAACAGGUGAAAAAAAAUUUGAACCUGCAAGAAAUGAUGAUAGGGUGAAUUCACAUAAUCGUCACAUAUUGCAAUUAUGGAGAGCAAAUAUAGAUUGGCAACCUAUUCUUUCCAAACAUGCAGUAGUCAAAUAUAUUGCCAAGUAUGCAGCGAAAGCAGAGAAAAGCUCUGAAACACAUCACCAGAUGUUGAUGCGCCUCUCCAACAUGGAAGACCCUAAUGAUUUAGCUGCUCGAGCAUAUAGAAGGCUUCUGACUGAAACAAUUAUUGAAAGGGACAUUGGUGCUCAAGAAACAUGUCACAUGUUGUUAGAACUUCCAUUAGUAGAGAGUAGCAGAAGAUUUGUUAAUCUAAAUGUCUCACAUGAGGUGUUCAAACCUGUAACUAUAAAUGAUGAAGAGAAUAAUGAAGAGCAGACAAAAUCUUUCAUUGAUGGAUAUAAAACAAGGCCUCUUUGUAUGGAAGGUGUCACAUUAAUUGAUGCAGCUAGAUCAUGGAUAUAUAAUCCUAAAAGAAAACGAGACAACAAAUGGGAACCAAGGGAAAGAGCAGCAAUUGUUAGAGUUUUUCCUAGGUUUGUAUCUCUUCCUCCACGUGAGUCAAAUAAAUGGAUUGACUUUUGUUUAUCAGAGUUAUUACUCUACAAACCAUUUCAUGACAUAGAAAGGGAUAUUGGUCAUGACGAUGACUCUAUGAUAGCAAAUUGGGAGUCAUUUACCUACAAUCCUUGGCAUGUCGAACGAAUAACAAGUAUUGAAAAUGCAGAGGCUAAUACUGAUUCAGAAAUUGAAGAGAAUGAAGCUAUUCAGAGAAAUACCACAGAGCAUGAAUGGGAAAUUAUAUCUAGGCUACAUCAUGGUCAAAAUAUACAAUUUUCAGAAAUAGAUAUGUUGGGGAGAAGAGACAUUGAUAGACAUACAAAUUGGUCUACUGAUUAUCAAGGUACAGGAAAGUCAUAUUUAAUUGGUGCCAUCAGUCAAGCUCUUGAAAAUGCUGCAAUGCCAUCUCGUUCUCCCCUUCUAUUACUCGCACCAACAGGAGUUGCAGUGUUCAAUAUAGGGGCCUCUACAGUUCAUUCCAAAUUGAGAAUCCCAAUACGAGAUUUCACUCAACUACAAGGAACAAGACUUGCCAUUUUUCAAGAAGAAAUGGCGCAUAUCAAGUACAUUUUGAUUGAUGAAAUGAGCUUCAUUGGUCAAAACAUGUUGGAAAACAUAGAUUCUCGACUCCGACAAGCAUACCCACAAAGUGCACACCUAAGUUUUGCAGGUAUAUCUAUGAUUUUGGUAGGAGAUUUGGGUCAAUUGCCUUCGGUUAAUGAUAGACCUGCAUAUGCUAGUAAUAGACGGGCAAAGCUACUAUGGGAGGAAUUCAAAAUUGUGGUUACUUUAGAUAAAAUAUUCAGACAAGAUGGAGAAAAUAUUCAGCAACAAAGAUUUUGUCAACUUUUGACAAAUCUAAGAGAUGCAAACCCUCAAAUUGAUGAUUGGAAGCUACUAAUGAUGAGAACCCCUACUAACAUAGAUGUUGCAAGUAAUUUUGAAUUUGAAAAUACUGUCCAUUUGUUCUCCACAAAUGACAAUGUUCAUAGUCAUAAUAAAAAAAUGUUAUAUUCAUUGAGGCAUCCCGUUGCACGAAGUGUUGCAACAAAAGCAGGAAGUGUUAAUAUAGCAGAAGAUUUCUCAACUGGUGAACUUGAUCUAGAGUUAUUGAUCAGUAAGAAUUCAAGGGUCAUGCUAACUUCAAACCUUUGGAUACAAGCAGGUCUUGUAAAUGGAGCUUUGGGAUAUGUUCAAAAGAUUGUCUACAAGCUAGGAAGUGCUCCACCUGACCCACCGACAUAUGUGAUGGUUGAAUUUGAUAAUUACUCAGGAUUACCAUUUGAAGAUCAUCAUCCAAAUACAAUUCCAAUAACACCAAUACAAAAGGGCAGAACACUUCAGCUACCAUUGAGAUUGGCAUGGGCAUUGACUAUACAUAAAUCUCAAGGAUUGACUCUUCCAAAAGUAACUAUCGAUAUAGGACCAAGAGAAAGAACUGGAUUGACAUUUGUUGUAGUAUCUCGUGUAAAAUCUCUAGAGGGUUUGAGAAUAAUGCCACCAUUUACAUAUGAUCGUUAUGAGAAAAUGAAAAAGGGUAGACAACUUGCGAAGCGCAAGGCUGAGGAAAAUAGGCUCAAACUUUUGGAAGAUAAUUGA